GGGAAGUGGGAAACUGGGGAAUUUCAAAGAGUAACUGCCAUUUUUUUGUUGCCAAACAAAAACGGAAGAAAAGAAUAACCACCAUGAUUCUGGUGGUUUCCGGGAGUUACAUGGGAGUAGUAAUCAUCUUCCUCGGGGCUUUAUCACUGUCUCAAACCCAUGUCUUUACCGACUCGAAUUCUUCAGACGUUGGUCUCAUUCUUGCUGCCGUGUUUUGCCCAAAUUCUGUAUUCAAAUCCAUCGUUCUUUUCAGAAGCAAUCGGGAACUCGGAAAACAGGCUGAAGCUUCCCCUGGUGGGAGACAAUGGACGGGUAUACGUCUGCUCGGGAAGAAACUUUUUUGCGUUUGAAAGCAACGGUUCAAUUGCUUGGAGUGUAGCUCUUAAUCACACUUGCAGUCUUAAGAUUGCUCCUGUUAAUGGUGGCUCGAGAAAGAUAUAUGUGGUUGCGGAAGAUAGAGUUCUGAAAAUCAACCCCUUAAGAAUUGGGGGUUCGCAGUCUGCUGUACAAGUUUUCUUUGGGGCGAAACAAACAGGUGAAGAAAGCUGGGGAGAGAUUGUCGGCAUUGCCGUGAGCAUAUUCAGUUCUCGGGUCCUGAUCACCAUCAAAAGAAGAGGAUUGUUUGCUUAUAAGCUGCAUGGGAAACUGGCAUGGAGUGCUGGCCCAGUAAAGAACCAACAUGGGUUUCGCCAAGGCUGCAGCAAAAACCUUGAAGACUGUUAUUUCUCUUCUGCUCCUGUGGUUGAUCAUUGUGAAGCUCGUGCCUAUGUCUUGAAUAAUGGAGGAGAGCUUUAUGCUGUUUCUACUAGCAGUCCUCAUUUUCUAUGGAUAACGGAUUUGAGCACAUUUGGAAACAUAUCUGCAAUUACUGCUGGGAAUAAUGGUUUGGUGUAUGUUACUGUCCCAGAUAAAGCUCUAAUCCUAGCCCUAGACGCUUCCAGGGGGGAAAUUUUGUGGCAAGGAAGUAUUGGACCAUUAAGUACUGCAGAUUACACCCCCAUCAUUGAUUCUAAUGGUUGGGUUUCUGUCGGUUCUUUGGAUGGUUUCGUGUAUUCAUUUUCACUGACGGGUGUGCUCAAGAAGUUCUCUACAGUGGGAGACCAAGACUCUGUCAUCCAAGCUAGUCCUAUCCUGGACUGCUCAGGUUAUGCAAUCUAUGUUUCACAGACACUGAUGGAUGGAAAGGUUAGCCAGACAAUUGGGAGUUACACUUACAUUUCAGCUAUGAAACCGAGAUCUGUUACCUUUAUCAUGCUGGUUCCAGCCACUGGAAAUUUGCUGUUGUCUGAGAAAUACCCUGGUCUGUUCUCAUCUAAGCUGGUUGAUAGUGAUCUUAAGCAUUUCAUUUGUGAUGAAAAGGUCAUUCUAGCUUUUUUUGCUGCUUCAAAGACUAAUAACCCAUUCCAAUGCAUUAGCACGCGUCAGAAAUUUGCAUACAGUUGCUCACAGAUCAGACCUAUGACCACUGACAUUUACACGAGUAAUGAGAGGGCAAUUGUCUUAUUUCUGUGGUUUGAAUCGGCUUUGUUACUAGUUUUGGCUGCACUAGUAAGAUUCUGUUGCAUCUUCUGGAAGAAGAAGAAGCUCCAAAGUCGACAACUUGGAGGAUUCCUAGAAAAGAGACGCUCUCUUCGACUCCAGAAGAAAGCAUAUGACAGGACAAUAUCUGAGCUUGAGCAGAAAGCUGCAAAGGAAGCGGUAAGGCAUGAAAUGAUAGAACAGCUAGGGGAUUUAAUGAAGGAAAGGGAAGGCAUAGAGAGGAAGCUCUCAACAACAUAUAGCUUUGGAAGAGAUGAAACCACAAUCAUGAGAGGUUCAAAAUCACUGCUUCCUUUAUCUGAUCGAACAACUCGGAGUUACUCUUUUCAAGACGGGAACAAGGAGAGCAUCACUCUCUUUCACACUGGCAGUGGUGCUUCGUCUAAAGAUAGUGAGUCUGAACUUGCUGAAACCUGGAUUUGCAAUGAUGAUGAUGAUGAGAUUUGUGAAGAUGAAGAGUAUGAAGCAAGUCCAUCAAGCUCUAGUUCGAGUUCACAUGGAGUUACGGAGGCAACAUUGGAUGAAAAAGGGGAAGGGGUGUCACAUCAAAGUGUUUUGAAGCGUAGGAUGAGAUUUUUGUCAUCAUCAAGCAGCUAAAUUUAUCGUACUUGAAAAUCACAUUGCAUUGGAGUAAAUAUCUUUAUUUUGCGUUCUGUAUUUGAUUGAGAUUAGAAUGUUCCUUUCUUUAGCUUCCCAUUGUAACUUUUUUAAGUAUUUUAAGUUAUCUACCUCAGGUCUCCCAAAGUUUGAUGGUUACGUCAUGAUACAUGGUACUAGUUUUUGUAACGUGUGUUGCGCGAUUGGCAUGGUGCCCA